AAAAGCCGUAUAGUUGCCUCGAACGGAUACAUGCCUCAGUUUCAAAUGCUCCAUGUUAGACGUAUUGACAGUGUUUUGUUUUGAUCAUAGUUAAAAGCGUCCCCCGCGCAGGCCUUAGUGCCGCAUAAGCCGUUAAAGUAGGCGCACGUGUUUUGUCCGUGUGAGUAAAAAUCUUCCGCAGUGAUACUUAGGCGAGCGUCAGAAUUAUAUUGUUGAUAUUAAAUAAAAUAAAUACUCAACAGCAAAAUGCCUCGCAAGUAUAAACGAAAGCCAGGCGUGGUGCCGCGCCACAUCAACUGGACAGAAGAUAGUUUAGCACUUGCGUUCGAAGAACUGAAUAAAAAACAAAAAAGUAUCAACGAAAUAUCUCGGAUUUAUGGCAUAUCCUCUCGAACCUUACGAAGACGGUAUGAAAAGAGAAACCAGCUGCUGGUAACACAAGGAAAAUAUCCUGUCCUUGGCUUUGAAAAUGAAAAAAGACUAGUAUCCCAUAUACUUAAGCUUGGAGACGCAGGAUUUCCUCCUGAAAGCAGUUUAAUUCGCCAAUUAGCCUAUCAGUUUGCCGAAAAACUAGGAUUGAGGCACAAUUUUAAUAAUGAAUCUAAAAUGGCUGGACCGCAGUGGUUGAAAAGUUUCCUUGAAAGAAAUCCCGAAAUUGUUGUGAGGCAAGCUGAGGGCUUAUCAAUUCAAAGAGCGAAGGGUCUAAGCAGGACCGAAGUUGCCAAAUUUUUUGAUCUGCUCAUAACCGUCUUAACUAGAAAUGAUUUGCUUGAUAAGCCGGACCGAAUUUUCAAUAUGGAUGAAAGUGGUGUCCAACUCAAUAAUAAACCUGGCAAGGUAUUAGCCAAGAAAGGUACUAAAGCAGUAAAGUCACUUACUUCCGGAGAAAAAGGCGAAACAAUUACCGUUGUUGCUUGUUGCAACGCUAUCGGAAAUUUUCUCCCACCUGUUCUGAUUAUCAAGGGAGUAAAUAAAAAGCCAGAAUUUGAAGAAGGACUUCCGCCUGGUUCUAAAGUUUAUAUGCAAAAAAAAUCUGCAUAUAUUUCCUCAGAACUUUUUUACAAGUGGCUGACUGAACAUUUUAUACCCCACAAGCCUCCAGGAAAGGUUUUACUAAUUUUAGAUGGUCAUUCAUCACAUUCUAGUGCUGUCAAUAUGUUAGAAACUUCUCGUGACAAUGGUGUGAUACUGCUUUGUUUACCUAGUCAUACUACUUCUGCUUUACAACCUUUAGACGUAUCUGUUUUCGGACCAUUUAAAAAAUACUAUUAUGCUGAGACAAACAAUUUUAUUCGCACCAAUCCACAAAAGAAACUGAACCGGUACAAUUCUGGUCAACUGAUAGCAAGGGCGUGGAUUCGAGCAACUACACCUGCCAAUGCAAUAAGUGGUUUUCGCGGCAGCGGAAUCUAUCCAGUCAAUCCAAAUGCUCUGUCUGAUAAUGAAUUUGCUAUAUCAGAUAUUGCAUUGAGGGAGCUUACGCAGGAACAAGAGUCUGAAACUAUAAAUGAUCAAGUACCUGGCGCUUCUAGAGAACUUGCGUUACGUGAGAGCAUGCAGGAAUCUGAAUAUGACCGAGGUAAUUUAUUAAGUCGACAGAAUGAAGUGACUCCACAUGGCGAUCAAGUCCCAAGCCAUUAUGAAAAUAAUCCAGAAACUGUCGUAAAUGAAGCUGAACAGAAUAGCGUGAACCAAAGUUACACGCCACCUAGGCCUUCCUCGAGUCUUUUGAUUCUUUCUCAUGAAUGUUUAGCCCUAGGAGAUGGCGAAAUUGAGAAUUACAUUUUGGAUAAUGCUGAACUAUCAUUGCCAUCGAUCAUAUCGUUAAAUGAGUCACAGAACAAAGAUCUACAAAAAGAAACACCAUCAAAAUUUUUACAUCACUCAUCUCCCAUACCAAAAAUUCCGCUCACUAUGUCUAAAAGGGCUAAACAAUCAGCAGAAAUUUUAAAUUCGAAUGAUAAAAUAAUCGAGAAGAAGAAUAAAACUGAGAAAGUAAAGAAAACAAGCACAAUGAAACAAACGGAAAAAACAAAAAACAAACCAGUUGUUAGCAAAGAAAACAUUACGAAGAAAAGAGGGCGAUCACAAAAAAAUAAAAAAUCAAAACAAUAUAAAGAUAUUAGCAGCAGUGAAUCAGAAUCAGAUAGCACAGAUGGUUUUAUUGAACUUUUGACUAAAGGAAGGGCUUUAAAGCAAAGAAAAAUUUGUAUUUAUAGUUCUAAUAGUGAAAAUGAAGAAAAUGUUAUAAGUUUAAAAACAUCUAAAGGAAAAGCAACUAAAGGGCUACCAAUUAAAGGCAAAAAAAACAUAACAUCUAUUAGAGACACUGAAAAUGUUUUAAAAGUAAAAAAUGCGAAUUCAAAAAAAGAAAAAACCGAUGAAGAAGUUUCAGUGGAUAAUUAUUGUGCAGAAUGUUUUGAAAAUUAUAAUUUAACUAAAUCAAAAUCAGAUUGGAUUCAAUGUGAGAUGUGUCUAAUGUGGUUGCAUGAAACUUGUACAACAUUCGAAAACAAUUGCAUGAGAUGUGGCAAGUUAAAAACCUUAGCUUCUGGUGAUAAUCAAUGCUAAUGCCAAAGUUGAUUACCAUAUUUUUAAUAUUUAAGAUAAAUACUAAUAUUUUAUUAAAAAAUUACAGGUUAAAUUUUUCAAUUUUUAAACUAUUAUUGAGUGUUGAAAGUUAUAAUUUAACUUCUCUUGGUACUUUAUGAAUGAUCUCAUUGAAUAAUAACGAAUGAAUACUUACUUAAUAGAUGCUAAUGCCAAAGUUGAUUUUUAUUUUGUUUAUUGUUCUAUCUUUAAAAUAAAUAAUAAUACUUCAUUAUUAUCAUUUAUUAAAUACUAGGUA